GCUCAGUGUAAUACCAGUGGAUGUGAUGCAGUCAAGAAGUGGGGCAGCUUCUCCUCCAAGGGUGCCUCCAGAGGGGAGGGGGCACGCGGCGCCCGCCCCAAAGGAGUUGCUCUCCCUCUUGCCCCCAUUUGUGUUCCAGAAAUCCAAUAGGUGUAGGGACACACAGCUCGCCCACCCAGAAAUGCAUUUUGCCCCUUCUCUGCGCCUCCCCCCCCCCGCCAUUUCAAGCUGCUGAGGCGUGUCCACUUUGGAGGAGCAAACGCGUUAUUAAGACAAAAGCGCAAGAAGCGGCUUCUCCACACAGCCUCCGAGCCCUCCUCGCUCUCGCACUGCCUUCGGGGCGCCUGUUCGGCCAGGAACCGCCCCGCUCGUCUUUCGCGGCAGGUGGCGCGCUUACUCCUGCUGGGGCUCCUCGCAGUCCUUCCCACGGUCGCGGAGGAGAGUUGUGCUGCUGGCGGCCGGAGCGGGAGCUCUCUGGCCGUCCGCUUCGUCCCUGCCGCCCGGUGAGGCUACCACCAUGAGGCCGCCGCUAGUCCUGUUGUUCUUGCUGGGCUCCAGCGCGGCGCUCGCCCCUGCUUCGCUCUCCGUCGCCUCCGCGCAAAAUGAAUCUCUUUCCAAGACUGCGGAGCUGAACCCAAGAACCUUUAUCUCUAGAACAGAAGACAGUUUUGAAAAAAUUCCAUGGGUCGACAUUGACACUGAAAAUGAUUCAGAAUCUGGAUCAGGGUCCAUGAAUCCAAGGCAAAUCAAUGAAACACAACAGACAUACACUGUUGAGCGUAUAUCCAAAGAUGCUGAGCUAUACCUGACUAGUCCAUGGCUAACCAUAUUUGUUCCUUCAUUCUACACUCUAGUUGUCACAUUGAGUCUACCUCUGAACUUUAUGGCAAUUCUUGUGUUCGUUAUAAAAAUGAAGAUGAAAAAGCCUGCUGUGGUGUACAUGAUCAACCUAGCUUCUGCUGACAUACUCUUUGUGAGUGUGCUGCCUUUUAAGAUUGCCUACCAUUUUUCUGGAAACAACUGGGUAUUUGGACCAGAAAUGUGCCGUUUGAUCACAGCUGCUUUCUAUGGCAACAUGUACUGUUCCAUAUUGCUAAUGAUGGCAAUAAGCAUUGAUCGUUUCCUGGCAGUGGUGUACCCUAUGCAGUCUUUGUCAUGGCGCACUGUAUGGCGUGCCUAUAUGGUGUGCUUUGCCAUCUGGAUUGUAUCUGUGGCUGGCGUGACACCUCUGCUUGUUACUGAGCAAACAAAGCGAAUACAUCAGUUAAACAUUACAACCUGUCAUGAUGUGUUGAGUGAAGAGAUUCUCAGAGGAUAUUACCUGAAGUUUUUCACCAUUUUCUCUUGUGCUUUCUUUUUUGUGCCCUUGAUUGUUUGUUCAGUGUGCUAUGUGCGUAUAAUCCAAUGCCUUAGCUCUUCUGACAUUGUUGCAAAACAGAGUAAGAAGAAGACACGAGCUUUACUCUUGUCCAUAACUGUUUUCUCUGUUUUUGUUAUGUGUUUUGGUCCAACGAAUGUUCUCUUGCUAAUUCAUUACAUAAAUUUUUCUUACAAAAACCCCUUGGAGAAUAUCUAUUUUGCCUAUCUCCUCUGUGUCUGUAUUAGUAGUGUGAGUUGCUGCAUCGAUCCAUUAAUCUAUUACUAUUCUUCUUCUGAAUGUCAGCAACGGCUUAACAGUCUUUUAUGCUGUAAAGAAAACUCUGAACUUUGCAGUAGCAGCACCAGUGGCCAGCUUAUGACUAGGACCAGUCGAAGGGACACUUCUACCAGUACACUCAGUAACAGUGUCUACAGGAAGUUGUUGACAUAAUAUUUUGUGUAUUUUGUGCACUUAUGGUUUACAGAGCUCUGUGUUUAAGGUAACGUUUAAGAUAACAUUAUACUGAUAUUCGCUUACAUACACAUUUUUUUCACAUGAUCAUAGUGAUAAUUACGCUUAGUAGCAUAAUGCCUGCCAGGAGGUUUUACAGAUAGAGCUUUCCCUGCAGAUCCACUCCUGAUUGGAGUGUGCCAGUCCACAUAUUUAACCCGACCUCCCUGCGGGGCAGUCAAGGACCAGGACAGACAGGGCUUUGUUUUUCCUGAAGGGAGGUUGCAAAUUCUGGCUUAACCCGAGGUAUGUCUGACUUAAAAUAAUCCUCUGUUUCCAGCGGCUUUUGAAAAGGUGUUUCUGCUAAGCUCCAACGCUUGUCUUUGAUGUGUGUAGGGGAGCUAUGUGAAUGCUCCACCUAAUCCCCCGGAUUAAACUGUCUCAAAUCUGCUGCGAAGUAGAUUCGCUCCUUGGAUAACCCACAGCAUAAAGCCCUGUCUGUAAAACCUCCAGUGUGACUUAUUUGUUAUGAUGCAGGGAGGACUUAUAUAUUGCAGGGAUCCACAGGGGUGGUUUCUGCUGUGGUUCUGUGCCCAGAUCUCUCUAUCAGUGAAAGGGAUCAGCAAGAAGGUGUUCACCAGUGUCAGAGGUGAAGGUCAGAUUUUGCUCUCACAGCAACAGUAUCCCCUGGUUUCAGUGCUUUAUUUUUCUGUAUGCAAAAUAGCAAGCAUUCAUAUAUAUGGGGGGUAGUAAAGGGGCACAGGUUUAGCUAGGGCCAAACCUGCAUUUAGAAUUAAACUUUCUACUGUCUUCAUAAACUUGCUUCUUCAUUAGAAUAGUACUAUCCUGGUUUCAGUUUGGUUUUUUUGUUUUGUUUUGGUCAUUCUAGCUAGAGCAUGGAAUGUUGAAAACUGGCUUUGAUAGAUCACCGUACUGUGCAGUUCAGUGUAGCCUGUACAUGUGCUUAUUUCCUUAAGAUUUUUGUAUGCAAAAGCAAGGAAGGCAAAGAGAGAAAUAAGUUGUAUGAAAACUUGUCAGUUCUUAAAGCAGAAUUCAGACUCCCUUUAACCUUAAUACUCAAAAUUUUUAUUAAUUUCUGAUUUGAUUUCCUGUUUCCUUCCUUUCUUUUUUUAAGCAUUGGAACACAUGUAUAUGCACUACAGUUCAAAAUAGAAAUCCAUAAUGGAUCAGCCCUAGCAGUCUUUUGUUUUGUUUUUGUUUUUGCAGAAUUGUGAGUUGCAAAUGUCGUUUGUUGCAUUUGGACACUUCACCAGAAUCACUUCACAUGUGAUGCCAUAUUAAUCUUCCUCAGAUUCUUAGGGCUAUACUGGAUACUUCUUUCUAGCUGCAUGUAAUGCUAGCCUGAUAGCCAGUUUUCCUUCUCUAAAGCAGCCAUAAUGGGGUCAAUUUGCUGAGGAAAAGUGGCAGGUGGGAAGUGAUUCCCAGCUGUGUUCCAGUUCUGUGUAAUGUAAAAUAAGAAUAAGUCUGAGGCCCAAAGUGGGUGAAAGCAGCUUGGAGAAGUAGGAGUUUCAGGGGGGAAGGUUAAGGUCACCUCUCUCCAUUGCUUAUCUCCUAUCACCCCUUGUCAAGGAUGCUCUGGAGCCAAGAAGCCGCUUUGGGUUAAUAUUAGUGGAGAGAGUGCAUUGUGUAAUUUAGCCUUUGUGUUUGGGUGAGGCUUUAUCUCUUGUCUCUGGUCUGGCAUCUUUUGCUACUUAUCUACAAAGGAUAAUAUUUUACGUGCAGUUUCCUGAUCAUACUUCUGAAUUAUGUCUAGCUCAGACCUUCAGAUUUUUAAAAAAUGGCUUAUUUUGCAGAGAGAUUGUUGUUUCCAUUGUCUGACUGCACAAUGCCAAAACAUGCUAUCUGCCAGUUACAUUAUCUAUCCAGAUGGAUGUCCCUGAGAGGCCAUCUAGAGCUUGAUUAGGCUAUAGAGAUUUUAUAGGCUGAAAAAGGAACAGGAAAUUGUGCCCUCUAAAAGAUAUAUGAGAUUGCAAUUAUAAAUACAUCUACGAUUGGGAGUACAGACUGCUCAACUCUCUAGGAUUGACUUCAGAAUAUCUCUUAAGAGUAAAUACUAUUCAACUCUCUUGGACUGACUUCAAGACUGCACUGUAAGACUAUUACUUGGAGCUAAUUAACCUAAUAGGCACAAAAACCAAAUAUCCACCUGAUAAUUAUCUCUAAUUUACAUGGAUUUGUUUGCAAACUGCUGUACAGCCUUGAUAUUGUUUUGUUAUGUAUUCUGCCAAUCUUCUGAGUGAGAUCGUUGCUGUUUCCAUCUGAUGCACAAACACUAAAAGAUUCUGAUUCACCCAUGCUGCCAAUUAAUUAAUGACUGAUUUGAAGCCAGGUUUCCAAUUUUUCCAUUUGUACUCUGUUUGAAAUAUUAUUUUGUGUUGACUCCCUCGGGUAUCUCUGAAAUUAAAUGAAAAGGUGGGAGUUUUUAUAUACUGCUUUUAUUUCUUUGAUGUGAGUGAGAUUUCAAAAUCCCAUUCUCUGUAUUUAAUGUUUCAGUUCUACUCUUUUUUUUUUUUGCUCCUUUUCAGGUUUACAAGAUUUUUUCCCCCGCAGUCAUAUGACAUAUUUGUGUAACACCAAAGUUCAAAGUUCAAGUUGUAGUCAUUCUGACUAACAAAGUACUAGUUCAAUGGAAGAAGCUCCAGUACUUCUGAAGAGUUCGACUAACUCAGGUCCACUGCUGAUUCAGCAGUGGGGGCAAAUUUUGAUGAUCUCCCCUUCCCCAGGAAGUAUUCUUUGGUGCCUGGAAAAUAUGUCCCUGAGGGUUGCACAGUCAUUUUGGGGUGACACAGAUUGCUUCCUUGGAAAGGGGAAAUCAUGAAAUUUUCACACGCGCACCAGCAUUGGUGCAGUGUUAGUCUGGAACUACUACUACAUUUAUAACACUUUUCAAUAAAAGUUCUCAAAGUGGUUUACAUAGAAAAAAGUAAAUAAAAUAAUGUGGUCCCCUGUCCCCCAAGGGCUCACAGUCUAAAAAUAAAUAUAAGGUAGACACCAGCAACAGCCACUGGAGGGAUGCUGUGCUGGGGUUGGAUAAGGCCAGUUGCUCUCCCCCUACAAAAUAUAAGAGAAUUGCCACUUUAAAAGGUGCCUCUUUGCCCAGUUAGCAGCGGAACUCUUCAGAAGCAUUGGCUGACACAAUGAGAUACUUGAAGUACAGUUGUCCCUCGCCAACUGCAAGGGUUCCAUUCCUGGAAAACCUCACAGUUGGCAAAUUCACAGUAGACAGAGCAUUGAAAGCAUUGGGAAACAUGGGGUUAGGGGAAUUGUGGUCACAAAAAGACCAAAUAAAAUAGUUUAAAAUAGAAAAAAAUGCCCCCCCCCCCCACGGACUUCUGGAAAUGACCUCCUGACCUCCAAAAUUCCCCAACAACCCCCAACCAAAUUUCCAAAAAUCUUGCCAAACUGCUUAUAAUUGUUGGUGAGACCCACAAUUUCCCAGUUGCGGAUACUCAAAUCUGCAAUUGAGAAACCUGUGGUUGGUGAGGGACAACUGUACUUCCAUUGAAAUUAAAAGGACAAAUUCUUGAAAAUUAAAAGAACAACAGGACUACUUUGAGUAAUUUUCCUCAUUGUCAGCCACCAUUGCUUCAUUUGUCAUGAUGUCUGCUGGUAUCUUUAUUGCUUUGUUGAAUAUACAUAGUGAACUUUUAACUAAGGAUUCUGACUGAUAUUGACUGAUUAAAACCAGUGCCAAAUGCACUCCGAAUAACCUAGUUAUAUGCAUAUUAAUCUGAUCUAGUCUGUGUUCAGCAUUAUUUAGAUCACAAUCUUACCCAUAUGGUUUGAAGAUGGUAAUAUUUGGAGAAUCAGAGAGAUGGGGAAAUAUUCUCUUUCCAUAAAGGUGUGUUCACAUGAAGCCUUGUGGAAGACAAUGGAUUCUGCUAAGCAGGGGAUUCAUCGGUUACACUAAUACUUGCAUUACUUUAAGAUAGAGCAGCAUAUGAACACAAAUCUGUUCCCACUCUUAAAACAGAGUGAAAUUUUCAGAACAUUUUGAUUUAAUAUUUCCUAAAACCCCUUGCUUUUGAUGUCAGUUCUUCAUUAUUAUUGUUACUAUUAUUCAUAGUAUCACUUUAAAAACAAAAACAAACAAAUCUCAAAGCAGUUUACACAGGAAAAAGAGUAAUAAGGAGAAGAUGGUUUCCUGUCCUCAAGAGCUCACAGUCUAAAAAGAAAACCUAAAGUAGACACCAGCAACAGCCACUGGAAGCCACUGUGCUGGGGUUGAAUAUGGCCAGUUGCUCUUUCCCUGCUUAAUAAAAAGAGAAUCAUCUCUUUGGAAGGUAUGUCUUUGCCCAGUUAGCAAGGAUGUACUGGGGCAUCUCCAUACAUUACUUAGUUAUUCUGUUUAGCUUUGUUUUAUCCUAAAAUGUGCAGUGAUUAUCACUUGGUCGUGUGUGAACAGCAGAAAAAAGAAUUCAACAGGAGUGAAGACUGCACUGCAAAAUAGGGCAAUAAUCUGUUCUUUGCAACAAUAACUUUGUUGUAAACUACCCAGAGACGUAAAUUUUGGGCAGUAUAAAAAUAUGCUAAAUAAAUAAUAACAGAGAGCCUUAGAACAUCAAAAUAAAUUAAAAAUGACUUGCCUCAAACUGUUUUAUAUGAAUUCUUCUUUGCUUUCAUUUAUUUGAGUAUAGAAGAGGCCAUAUGUUUUACUCAAAUGCAAAAUUGUGUUGCAUAUGUAUUUUCAUUCUCACAGCUAUUUAUUUCUAAAUACAUAUUUUGCCACUUUAUAUGUAGAUAGUAUGAUGUAUGCUUCACCUAAUGGCAGAAGAAAAAAACACCUUGGAAUAUCAAGCAUCAUUCUGAAAUCUGAAAAGAAUUGCCCACUUGUCCUGUAGCCAAGUGCUCUGCACCAAAACCUUUUUAAAAAUGUAUUGCAUUAUUUCCUCUUUGACAGUGCAUCCAUUGUUUUUACUAUUAACAUUCCAGAACUACUUCAAAUUAGUUUUGUUAUGGGAAGAAAUACAUAUUGUUAUGGCAGGAAUCUUAAAUGGACCUGUUGUUUUUCUUUCCUGCUUUAGGUGAAAUACACAUCAAAAUGCAUUUCACAUAAAAUAAUUUAACUGUACUUUAUAAAGGUAUAUAUUUUCAGUUCCACAAAUGUAUAAGCACAUAAAAUGUGCAAAUGCUUUGUAGUUUUGUAAGUAAUAUCUUGUAUUUGAGUUAACCAAAUAAAUUACUCUAUAGUAUUUUCUUUCUUAAAGGUCUAGUGUUGAUGGGAAACCAUGUUUUAUAUUUUUCUGCUUCUGGAAAUUGUGUUGAACUGAACUAAAAAUAAAAUUAUAAAGUGUU